GUAACGCGAUUGGACCUGCUGGGUUGUGGUUUCUAAACACAGAAACCAGACGCACAGAAGACAUCUACAGCCCGUAUCUGUCAACCUAUAAACUGUUAUAAACGCAAAGGAAAUUUAGGUCGUGUUUUAAAGUAUAUAGUACGCUUGCAAAUAAUGGGAAGGGGUGAGGUGGACUCCUGUUCAGCUGUCAGCUGUGUGUUUGUCGCUCAGGCCCGUUAAAGGCUUGAGUCUGUUAGCAUUAGCCGCCUGCAGCUGUCGUGCGAGCGCACUCAUAGAGGCAAAAUGGUGUUGUUGUUGAAUCCACUGGAGAAUCUGAAGACCUACAUAAGUAAUCGUCCGCCACUGGUCAUUUUUAUGGUCAGCGUCAGUGCUGUGGCAAUUGCUUUCCUCACUAUUGGAUACUUUUUUAAGAUCAAGGAGAUCAAAUCACCUGAAAUGACAGAGGAUUGGAACACCUUCCUUCUCCGCUUCAAUGAGCUUGACUUUUGCAUCUCAGAAAAUGAGACACUGAAGCACAGCUUGAACGAGUCCACUACGCCGGAGAGCACAGUAACUAGAGUAACCAGCAGCCAGGCACGAUCCAGCACCCAGUCGCCACCCAUCCUGGAGGACCCAGGACCAAUCAACAUCUCUGUGGCCAUCACACUAACUCUGGAUCCAUUGAGGCCAUUUGGGGGCUAUUCACGCAAUAUUACCCACCUUUACGCCAGUGUGAUUGGUCAGCAAGUUGGCCUUGCUGGCAGAGAGGCCCAUGAAGACAUGAACAUCACAUUCACCCUGCCAGUAGCCUGGAGCGCCGAUGACUGCAUUCUACAUGGCCAUUGUGAGCAGAUGGUAUUUAGCACCUGUAUGACCAUUACAGCAGUCAGUAAUGUCUUCCCUGUCUCAGUGCAACCACCCCACUGUGUCCCGGAGACCUACAGCAAUGCCACAUCCUGGUACAAGAUUUUCACCACAGCACGAGACUCGGACACCAAGUACACACAGGAAUAUAACCCAUUCUGGUGUUACAAAGGGGCCAUUGGGAAAGUGUAUCACACACUUAAUCCCAAGCUCACUGUCAUCAUUCCAGAUGACGAUCGCUCUCUCAUUAAUCUGCACCUUAUGCACACCAGCUAUUUCCUGUUUGUAAUGGUCAUCACAAUGUUCUGCUAUGCAGUCAUCAAGGGAAGGCCUGGAAAGGUUCGACAGAACAACCCAGAUUUCUGUCCAGAAAAGGUGUCCUUGUCAGCAGGGUAAAAGAGGGGUCUAAAGUGAACAUCUGAACUGAAACAUAUCAGAAAGGGAAGUUGUGAGAAACUACAUGUUGCCUACUGAACCCAGGAGAAGGUGCAAAAUACAAGCUCUGUGAAUGCAUUUCUCUGCAAUGUUGGGUCACUCCAACCAAAGACUUUUAAGUGCCUGUAUCUACUGUGUAAAUAAUUAUAGGACUCCUGAAUUCAGUACAGAAGCAUUUUGCCUGAGCUUCCCCCUGUGCCAUCCUGUAAAUGUUCAGUAUAUCCAGUAUAAUAGAGCACAGUGUUUGACUAAAGAUUUUUGGUUGAGGAAUAUCACCUCCACAACAUUUUAUCUAUUGUCAUAAUUUACAAUCCUUUUGACCUUACUUCUGUGACAUUUGAUUUUGCUUUUGAGGUGCUUGAACAUCUUGUGUUUGCCUUGUCAUUCCUCUUGUGUCUUUGUCAUUGACACGUCAAUGUGUCCAUGGCAGAUUCUGCAGUGGCAUUGCUUUUGAUUCCUCUUUAAGAACAUCUAAAUGUGUGGAGCUCUUUCAAGGAGUCUGAUAAGGUUGCUGGUCGUAAAGUUUAUUUAGAGAUGACACAUCUGUAUAACACCGAUCUUUGUACCCUUGACACUUAAUUUGACCCUCAUGCUGGUUUUGCUGUUUUACUGUGAACAUGCUUGUCUGAAAGAGAUGACUAAACGGAAGUUGAUGCAGUCCUUAGUUUAAUGGCUAAUUAAAAAAAUAUCUAUCAAUUACUCAACCUCAUGUCGUUCCAAAGCUAUAAUCUUCUUUCUUUCUUCUGCAUAGCACAAGAUGAAUUUUAAAGGAUGUCCCGUCCACUGAUUUCCAUACAGUGACUCACUUUAAAGCUUUUAAAAAAGUACCCAAAAGUGUCAUAAAAGAAGAGAUGCUUAUUCGUUUGUUCUCGCAAGACCUUGUGUUGUUAACAUGACAAAUUGUGCUGCUUUUUGCUUGUGCAAAAUUUAAGGGUGUGCCAUUGUGCAUGAGCUUCUAACAUGCACUCAUGAAUGUGGCAAGGAGAGUCACGAUUUUUACAGUAAUUCAAAUGCAUUUUGGAUUGUUUCUCACCAAAGCCUACGGUAUGCCUUCAGAAGACUUGAAAUAUGACACCUGUGGGUCCUUUUUUAUAAAGCUAUAAAGGAAGUCAAGAUCAACUUCCAUUGUGCGGAGUUCAGUGAACAGGACGUCCUUCAAAAUUCCUCCUUUUGUCUUCUACAUAAGAAAGAAAUACAGGUUUGGAACCAGAUGAGGGUGAGUACAUAAUCACAGAAUUUUCAUUAUUGGGUGAGCUAUUACUUUAAAUUCCUCAAAUGCAAACUAUUGAAUAACAUGUUACUUGGAUGGGGUCGAUCCACACAUCCUAUCUACUUCAACCGUUCUUGGAAUGUCUCUUUGUUAGUGAGUAAAGGUCAAUGGAUUUGUGCUGAUAUACUGCGCAAGAAAAAUGAAAUGACGCAAUGAUCCAUUGCCUUUUGCAAAGCAAAUUAACAGCAGUGAUGCAGCAUCAAUAAUAUUGCGUAAUGUCUUGUACAUUUAAUAUUUGUGUAAAUAGAAAACAUUUAAAUCAUUGUAGAUAUUUUAUUUUUUUAAUCCUAUUUCUUGGCUUUAUUUUCCAGUUUUGUACCAACAAUUUCUACCUUAUCUUUAUCCAUUUAACAACCAUCCUUUGUGUUUCUCGCCUUUUUAUUCUUAUGCCAUUUAUUUGUUUUUGUUUGCAUAAAUAUCAAAUUAGGCAUAAAUGUUUCUUCGUUUUAAUCUUAGUGCUAUAUCUGACCUGUCAUCUUGCCUUCUCCAGACCUACGGUUUUGUUAUUCUUAUUGUCAAUAGGUUAUAAUUUCCACCCAAUUUAACAUGGUGCAUGUGUUAUCAUAUCAAAUAGACAUGCAUGGUGUGUGAAAAGAAAUAAUUCGGAUUGUGAAUAUAACAGGAGUGUUGCUGAUACCUUUCGGUCUGUUGGCCUUCCUCUCUAUUUUGUGUACUGUGUUUUAGUUCAUUCUCCUAUUUGGUUUGCAUAAUUGUAUCUCCUUUCCACAGUCAAAAAACCUAACGCAUACAUAGAGAGUCUUUGUUAAUAUUACCCACAAUGAUUCAUGUUGUACCAUACAUGAUACAGGCUUUUACUUAGUUUCAAUGUUCAUCAUUGAAAAGCCCAUGUUCUUUUCAAAGAUGCCAUCAAUCAAAGCAUGUCUUUAUUUCGGCCAUCUUGAACUGCUCCUGUCUUUUGUCCUUCAUUACCACCCCCUUAUUUACGAUCUUCUUUUAUUACAGCCCAUAAGCAACAAUCAUCCAACCACUAAUGUGCCUUUGCACUAGUCGUCUGUCACCCAUGUAUAUAGCACCAUUUAUGUGUUUAAAUGCCAUAUUCCUCCUCUAGUUGACCCUGCUGUAUAAGUUUGAGUUGAAAUAAAUACACUUGACUGUUCACAUAUUUACUUUCUCCCCAUUUCAUGUCUAACCAUGAUUCAAAAAUCUAGUAACCGCUGUAAAAGACUGGGAUUCAGUUGAACUACUCUUUUCGCUGUAAGGACACCUAUUUGUUUUACAUGCCAAUGCUUUGUUUACUACAGCUGUUUGAUUAGAUUUUGAAGUGAGAUAACUGAUGACAUUUGGAAAACUACCAUGGGAUGAUUGGAAAAAUUCUUUGAAACCUUAUAAAAAAAGCAAUAUCUUCGAUCUGAGUUUGUAUGUACAACUGAUGCAUUUGUAUUUCUGGAAACUAUUUGUUUUCUGUUUUAAGCUCAGUUCUACGUUCAACCCGGAAGACAUUUGCUGAAGUCUAGUUUCAUUUUUAGGAGAUCUGAUUCAUUCCCAUCUGAUCGCUGAAUGAACAUUUCUGGAACGUUCCUGCUUCAUAACUGCAGCUAAUUAAUAAUUAUGAUGAUCAUUAAGUUGGCCUUUCAGUGCUGCUGGAGGACAAUGGAAAAUGACAACGAAUUCCUGCCUGAUGCUCAGAUCAUAUUGAUCUUACCCCUCAUCUCUUGUUUGGGCUUGUAGCAUUAGAGUGAAGUGUACUUGUAAGUGGUAGAAGGUCCUCUCCUUGUGUGAACUUGCAGCGCACCCGCUCUCUGGUUCCAAUGCGUUAGUGAGAGGUGUUGCGAGCCCUUUGACUUGUCAUGAUGCAUGAUUGUAAAUGUUCUGCUGACCUGUUUGUAUGAGGACAAUCCCUCUGUUUAUGUUCUGUUUGUAAUAUAUUGUAGGCACAUGCUUUGCUGAAUAAAAUUAGAGAUAAC